AUGGUCCCACCACCUCGAGCGGGAUCAUUUUCGCCCAAUCCUGCGCAGACACUACAGACGGGUGCGAGCCAUUCACCCCACCCAUCGCAGGCUGCCAUUCUCAGUGCUGGCGCAAGUCCCAGCGCCAGCAGUCCAACGGGCACCAACUCUCUCACCAAAAUUGUUGUGGCCCAGGUCUAUCUUCUACUCAGCACUAUCAAAGAGGAUAAGGACCGUGCGAAGUGGGAACUACAGGUUGAUCAAUUGAAGAAGCUCAUCGAUGAUCACGGCAUGGAAGUCUUUUCAAAGUAUUUCACCCGGCUCGUUGCCGGCAAUGCGCCGCAAAUAUUCCCUGGCCUCAAUAGGCCUGUCUCAAAUCCCGGGAACUAUCAUAUCCUCGUGGGCGAGAUGCGAAAGAUUUCACAUGAUGUCAAUCAAGCAAGCAAAAUCGCCGAGUCAAUCGAAAGCGGCACCGAAGACAUUUUCCGCGACUUUGAUCUCUCAACUUUUAUGGAACAUUUUAAGCUCGAUGCGUUAGAGAAGACAUUGUUAGCUUUGGCAUUCAAGCUUGGUUCUCGGGUAGAUCUGAAGACAAAGGCCGAUGCUAUAUUAUCCACCAACUUCCCCUCUUUCCUCGACAUUAUUUCUCGACCUACCCUUGACGCCCACGCCGACCUAUCUCCUCCUUUCAUCGCCAUGAUCCUGGAACGAUUUCUUCAGUACCACCCUCCCAGCUUUAAUGAGUCUGCCGAACUCGAUCUCGAGGUUGCUGUCACGAAGCGAUGGCUCGGUCAGACCCCGGAGCAAACACCACCGUCCGAGAUUCUUGCGGCCCUCGAUCUUAGCAGAGUGCUUGCUGAUCGACCUUCCAAUGGGCUGGUCAAGUACAUCCAGAAGAUUGGGGCUGAAUUCACCCGGGAUGAGGAAACCUGUGUCUCGUACUUACAGAAUCGACCCAGCAGCCUGCAAAUAGUCCCCGAACAGAUCUCAGCCGCCAUGACCUUUACAGCCAUCAGCCAAACUCCUCAACAAGAUCCCAGUAUCUUGGUUGCCGCGUUGAGACGGGUACUUCCGAAGACAUUUGAUUGGAUGGAGGUAAUAGUCUUGUUCGAUCAACCUUCUGCUCGGGUAUCUUCCCCGCAGUUUCUGCGUCUCUACCAAGCAUUUCUACCCAUUGCGCAGGAUUCUAAGACUGGUUUCGAUAUUCAGAGGCUAUGGGGCGGUGUCUGGAGAAACCCAGAGGCUCAGCUCUCUUUUGUUAGUGCCUAUGCCUCUUUAGUUCCGGAACAGCUGGACGCGACGACAAUCCCUGGGCUUCAGCGCAGCAUCACCAUCGACGAUUACGCCAAUUCGCCUCACAAUGUCCAAGAACGAGCCGCUGUUGCUGUCAAGCAUCCGCUCGUUUCCGUUGCCGCACUUUCCUCUAUCUUCAACGUUGCGCUCAGUUCUGUCAUGGCUUCCACUAGUAUUGAAGCCAAAAGGCUGUUCCAAGAAGUGGUAGUACCUAAUUUGGACAUUUUCUUAGUGUCUGCCUUCGAGGUUCCCCGACAACACUGGGCUCCCAUGGCCGUGGAAACUCUAGGCUCCUUGUUUGAGAACUUCCUCUACAAACGCUCGCCUGAAUACGACUUUGUUCUCGAUAGCCUGUGGAGGAAGGAUAAGGAUUGGGUGAUCCAACGCUUGAUUGAUGCACAUGCCAUCAAGCCGGUGGAUCUUCCGCUUGUUUUCGAACAUGCAGUGAAGCACAACUGGCUGGACUCGCUCGUGUACCUACCCAACGGUUUCGGAAUUGACUUGGCUGCUCUGGCACAUGCCGAAGGAUACCUGGAUCUGUCCAAUUGGGCACGCAAUAAUGCUGAACGGAGCAACGAAAUCUCCCGUACUCUUCUACAGUUCCUAUUGAUCAAGGCCAAUCUGGAAAGCCAAUAUCAACGGGGCGGAGCCGAUGGUCAACCUGCUAUUAAGAAUUCUACCACGCUCCAAGUCCGUACGGUAUCCGCAUUGCUACGGAUUCUCGAGGACUUUUUGCCUAGCACUCCGAUUCCUGAACUGACUAUGGUUCAGCGACACUGUAUCAUCGCCUACCCACGGUUGAUCAAUUAUGGCGAAGGCUACGACGACAUCAUUGACGCUAACGGGAAGGAUGGGAACGCUUUGUCGCCAAUUGCCAACGGCAAGAUGGAAGAACAUUACAAAAAGAUGUACAGCGAAGAAGUGCAGGUUCGGAACAUCGUCGAGGUUUUGAAUCAGUACAAGCACUCCAGGGACCCUCUCGAUCAAGACGUCUUUGCCUGUAUGAUUCAUGGGCUCUUCGAUGAGUAUAAUCAUUAUGGGGAUUAUCCAUUGGAGGCCCUCGCUACUACCGCGGUUCUCUUUGGUGGCAUUAUCUCACAUAAGCUUGUUUCCAACCUACCUCUUCAAAUUGGAUUGGGCAUGAUCUUGGAAGCCGUCCGGGAUCAUUCUCAAGAGGAUCCUAUGUACAAAUUCGGUCUUCAGGCACUAAUGCAGCUGUUUGUUCGGUUUCGAGAGUGGCCUACCUUUUGCAGACAGCUUUGCCAAAUUCAAGGACUUCAUAACACAGAGGCUUUCAGAAAGGCAGAGGAGGUGGUGCGUGAGCACGAGGAGGAGCUUUCGCGAGGGCGCAACGGUGCCGGGACGCCCCAUGGGCUAAGUUACCAAGGCGAGGCAUUCCCGAACGGCAACGCUGAAGAGCUUGCGAGCGCCGAUCGCCAAGCACCAGCAUUCGCUUCUCUUAAUGUCGACCCGCCACCUCCCGACGUUGAAUACGAAGAUCCGGAUGAGGGUGCCCAGGACAAGGUACAGUUUGUUCUCAACAACAUUACCGAGGGGACGCUUCAGGGGAUGUGUCAAGAGCUGCGAGAAACGAUGGAACGCCGUCACCAACAGUGGUUUGCCAGUCAUUUGGUCGAGGAACGCGCCAAGAUGCAGCCAAACUACCAUCACGUGUAUCUCGAACUGGUGAGGCUGCUCGAGGAUAAGUCUCUUUGGAGUGAGGUUUUACGAGAAACCUAUAUUAGCGUUUGCCGGAUGUUGAACUCGGAGGCGACAAUGCAAAACUCGACCGAAAGGACUCACCUCAAGAAUCUGGGUGGCUGGUUAGGUCUCCUAACUCUGGCACGCGACCGCCCCAUCAAGCACAAGAAUAUCGCAUUUAAGCAACUUCUGAUCGAGGCGCACGAUACAAAAAGGCUGAUUGUUGUCAUACCUUUCGUUUGUAAAGUAUUGACGCAAGGCGCCACAUCGGCAGUCUUCAGGCCUCCGAACCCCUGGCUAAUGGAUAUCAUCCAUUUGCUGAUUGAGCUCUACCAUCAUGCUGAACUAAAGCUUAACCUGAAGUUCGAAAUUGAGGUUUUGUGCAAGGGCCUGAACCUUGAUCAUAAGAGCAUUGAGCCCUCUGGGGAGAUUUUGAACCGGCCUGUCGUCGUUGAAGAACCAGCUGAUGUCUUGCCAACCGAACAGCUCGACGCUUUCGAGAACCUGUCGCUGAAUGGCAUCGGUCCCGCUGUUGGCACUGGACUAUCGCCUCAAGCGCUCGCCCCAACCAUCCCAGAUCUUGGUCCAUUAAUCAAUAUUCCUCCCACUAAUGAGAUGGUUGUUAGCACCACCAGGCUUCACGAGAUUGUGCGUACGGCGCUCAGCCGUGCCCUGCAAGACAUAAUCCAGCCUGUCGUUGAUCGAUCAGUUACUAUUGCAGCGAUCUCAACUCAGCAAAUGAUCCACAAGGACUUUGCUAUUGAGCCUGACGAGAAUCGCGUACGAACCUCCGCUGUCAGUAUGGUGAAGGCCACGGCCGGCAGCCUGGCUCUCGUUACCUCAAAGGAGCCCCUUCGUGCCAACUUUACCAACUAUAUGCGAAACCUUUCGAACGAUCUUCCUCAGGGGCUUCCCGAGGGCACAAUCAUUAUGUGCGUCAAUUCCAAUUUGGAUCUAGCCUGCAACAUUAUCGAAAAGCAGGCCGAAGAGCGAGCUGUUCCCGAGAUUGAGGAGAUGAUCGAAUCCGAGCUUGAAGCCCGUCGACGGCACCGCAAUCACAGGCCCAAUGAACCUUAUUUCGACUCUGGCCUCAGCCGGUGGGCCAUGGCUAUACCUCACCCAUACAAGCUUUCGCCCAAUAUUAACGGAUUGAAUCAGGAGCAAAUGGCCAUAUAUGAAGAUUUUGCUCGUCAACCACGCAGCGCCACCCUCCCCACUCCCUCCCAUGGUCAGUCAGCCUCUGAUGCUACGAGAUCGAUGGCGAACGAGGUCUUGCAGGAGCCAUUUACUACUGUUCCCAACAUUCCAACACCUGCAGAAACUCCUUCGAUCCAGCAACAUCUGGGUGCUCAGAUGCAACAACCUUAUGCACCUGUUCACAGCGGGGCUAACGCCAUGUCUAACGGAAGGUCGCCUGGCUUCCAACUGAAUGUUCAGAACAUGGCUGAGCGAGUCAACAAAUUGCUCCAGGAACUUGUCAGGGUGGCUAGUGAAGCACCCGAGGAACAUUUCCAAGGCUUGCCACGACCUCAUUCGCUUUUGGAUGUUGUCGAUGCGCUUGUCCAGCUCAUCAUUAAGACAUCUCAGAGCUCUGAGGAAUUUGCUAUCUACGCUGCUGAGCAAAUCAUCGGUCUCAUUUUCGCGCAGGUGGACGACAACUUAACUCUUGAAAGCUUGGUUCAUGUAUUGGAGACACUGAGAAAGAUCUCCGGUCCUGCUCUUAACAGCCGCAUCCGUACUCUCUUCGCCCAGCAGCCCGGAUCUACCUUCUUGAACCUACCUUUACUCGCAGCUCUGGUUAGAACGGAUCUACUGGAGUGGAGAAGCAUUGAUUUGGCCAUGUCUAAAGCACUCCAAGCUCGCAAGGAGGGUUCUCUCGAUUUCUUGGAGCACAUGCUGGAUCUUACCCUUCUCGACGCUCGACCAAUUGCUCUCUACGCCGACUUUGCUUCUACCUUAGAGGCGGCGUGGGCUUGGAUCUUGGAGGAUACUGACUCCUCUGCCGGCCAACGAAUCAAGUCGAAGCUAAUCAACUCAGGCCUUACACGCCCAACACCAGUCGAUAACCAAGCUCUCUACAAACACGACCAGAUAGAGUAUGUUUUCGAGGAAUGGAUUCGCCUUUGCCACAACAACAAUGCAUCAGAUAAGAUUGUCACUGCAUUCGUGCAACAGCUGCAGAUGGGCCAGGUUCUGCAAACCCGAAGCGACUUUUUUGUCUUCAUCCGCAUCGCGCUUGAUCUCUCUGCAGACCGUUUUGAGUACAUUGUCCGCACAGGACCUAUUGGCGAUGCCUACUUGAUGGUGGAUGCGCUCUCCAAGCUCAUCGGAACUUUUAUCGGCAUGGGUUUCGAACCGACAUCCACUCGGCCAGCCUUCAUCGACUCAGUUCUUUCGCUCAUUGAGCUUAUCCUUAACAACCACCAUGUGAAGCGCGGAGAGGAUUUGAACCAAAAGGUUUUCUUCCGCCUCUUGUCUAUGCUUUUCCAUGAGAUCCAGGCCAUUUCCGAGACCUUGUCAGAUGACGAACGCCGAGAGGUUCUGAUCAAGGUUGCAGCUCGACUCAACAGAAUGGGGCCUGUGUUUAUUCCUGGCUUUAUCUAUGGCUGGCUGUCCCUUGUUCAACACCGCGCAUUCAUGCCUGCGAUUCUGCAGUUGCCCGACGGUGCCGGCUGGGGACCCUUCGUCAACCUCGUUUGCCAGUUGCUUGAUACUCUGGGUAAUCAACUUAAGGUAUUCGAGGUCUCCAACAUUGCAAAGGAUAUUUAUCGCGCUACCUUCAAGCUCCUUGUCGUUCUGUACCACGACUUCCCAGAGUUUGUUGCAGCUAAUCACGUCAAGCUUUGCGCUAGCAUUCCACCUCAUUGUACCCAGCUGCUUAACGCUGUCGUGGCUGCCAGCCCUCACCACCAAAUGUCAAGAUUUGGUGAUGCUAGUACCAAAGACCAGACUGACGAGGCGCGCGUUCAUCCUGGUCUUAUACACGAUGCUGUCUCCGUCCUCCAGGCUUAUGGACUAUUCGAUGCCAUCGAUCAAGCGCUUCAGAGUGGCCCAACAGAAGACAUCGCCGCGAAUAUUACACGUGCCAUGCAACUGGAAGUUCCUAAAACGACUACAUACGGACAUGUUCCUGUUUCUGCUAAUACCGCGGUCAUUGAUGCUAUUGUCGUUUAUACCGGACAGCACGCAGCGGAGAAGGCGGCGCAAGCGGGUACUGCGAUUUCUGUGACCAGUGACGAGCAUGAAGUGUACCUUCUUGAUCUGAUCAUUCAUGAGCUCACGGCAGAGGUCAGAUACUAUCUCCUUGUCAGUAUGGUCAACCAACUCAGGUUUCCAAACGCGCACACCACUUUCUACCGACAGACACUUCUGUUCCUUUUCGGCAAGGACCUUAGCGAUCCCGAAGAGACCGAAAUCCGUCAGGAGAUCACCCGAGUGUUGCUUGAGCGACUAGUUAGUUAUUGGCCUCAGCCAUGGGGUCUUCUAUGCACUGUUGUGGAGCUCAUGAAGAACGAAAAGUACAUGUUCUUCGAUCUCCCCUUUAUCAAGGCAACUCCUGAUGUUGCCGAGAAAUUUUCACGGGUACUUUCACAGACUUAA